CUCAUUGGCAGCAUCGUCACGUGAUCUCCCAUGGCAACCGGCGAGUGUCAUCAGUUCCGCUGCGGGAGAGGUGCAGCCUCAGUCCGGCUCAGCUUAAAAUGUCCUGCUACACUUCACAACUCUUCCUCGGGUUCAUUUGACUUCACACCGGCCUAGACAUCUUCCCUGCAGUGCAGACCGAUCACAGUCCACAGCCACUUGUUUCUUAAAAUAUUUUUUGGGGGAGGGUGGGGGUUUAAAAGAGAGUGCGAACUGGAAAUCAUGAGUCACCUCAAUCUAGGACUUAUCUCAGCUUACAACAGUCUGACAGACAGACAUCUCACUGGAUACUUCAGCAACACUCGGAUCAGAAGACACUUGCAGAGAGCAGGACUGAUCACCAGGAGUGGGCGUAUUGUUCCAGACAAAGAGUACAGACACAAGCUGAUCCAGAGAGCCCACCAGAGACAUGUUCGUGAAUGCUUGGCCCAGGCCAUUUUCCACAAGGUGCUGGAGAUGGAGCGUCUCCAUCAAAUAGAGAUCAAAAAGAAACUGGAGGAGUUUGCAAGGAGGGAAAGAGUGCAUAAGAUCAAGGUGGAGCGCUCUAAAAGAUAUGAAGAAGACAUCAUCCGCAUCUUGUCUCCACGCCCACCCACGGGUGCAAGGGGCAUCCGAAAACAGCACUCUGGGCCAGAGGGGGAGCACUCCGAAUCCUCUGAGUCUCCUGGAUCGUCUAGACCCAACACGGCUCCAGGGAAGAUGCAGAGGCCGGUGCGUCUGAAGCCGAUCCACAGUAACAGCACCACAGCUUCACUCAGACGCAGCUCCCCUUACAGACACCUUGAGUCCUCCAAUGAGAACGACCAGCUGUUCAACUGCACUACGGACAAGGAGUCCCGGAGACGUUUGACCACAGUGGAGGCCUCCCAUGGCAUCUCGCCCUACUGCCUCCCGGUGAUCAACAAUUUUGUCACCCCAGUGCCUCCAGCCACAAAGAGGAAAGAGAGGGGGGUAAAGGUCACUCCCAGCAGCACACUCAGAGGCCGCAGACUGCGUCCUACCACUGCUUCCAGUGGAGCUGACAUCACUGAGGACCCCGUCAUGCUGAGGAGCUCUGUGCACCAGAGCAGAGUGUGUGUGAACAUGGUGUAUUUUGGCAAAACGGUUCAUCUCUCCCACGACCUGAGUGACAUGAGGGACGAGGUCAAAGUGUUUCAGCAGCACUGUGGAGGAGAGAACCUGUGUGUGUACAAAGGCAAGCUCUGCGAGGGAGAGUCUUUCCAGUUCAUUUCAAGGCGACACAGAGGCUUCCCCUUCAGUUUGACCUUCUUCCUGAACGGGCUGCAGGUGGAGCGGCUGAGCUCCUGCUGUGAGUUCAAACACAGGAAAGGCUCCAGACUUGGCGGCAGGCACGGACACUUUGGCUUCUCCAGUGUAGAAGGGGCCUCACCCUGCUACAAGUGCAUCAUAGCAAUGGGAUUGGACAAAAAGCCCACACCUCCACCAAAGAGAGUCAAAGAGGAGGGAGGAAGAGAGGAGGCAGUCACCAGCUCAAAGAAUGCUCAAGAGAUGGAAACAGAAAGGACUGGAGAGGAUGCUGCCUCCCAUUCGGACUAUGAAAGAAGUCAGCGACAGGACAUGGAGACUCAAGUCAAAGAAGAAAGAGCAGCUGAGGAGGACAAAGUCAGAGAUGAUUAUGAAGAAGACUUUGAAGCAGAUGAUGAAGGCCCUGCAGGGGAGCCAAAAGAAAAGAAAUCCCCAUCUCCAACCAGUGAAACUGAGAUGGUGGUUAAAGAGAGAGAUGCCUCUGAGACUGAAGACGAUGAGAAGGAUGAAGACAUAAAGUCCCGGUCGGGCUCCAGCUGUUCAGGCAGCGACCGGGAGGCGAGUGAUGCUGAAGCUACAAAAGAAUCAAGAGAGGAUGAGAAAGCAGAGCAACCUGAAGAGGUUCAUCAAGAAGAAACGGUUGCUCCACCAGAAGAAAAAGAUGAACCAAAUCCAGAAGAAGCAGCAGCUGGCACUGAGGCUGAGUCUGCUGCGGCUAAAGACACGGAUCUACAGGACAGUGCAGGGGACAGCACGGAGAUUGACAUCUCUGACUCCAGCGUCCCCUCAGGGUCAGAGAAUAAACAGAGUCAUGACACCGCGGGAGACAAAGAGGCUGAGAAAACGGUAGAUGAGGGCAAACAGGAGGAGGGACAGGAGCAGGAGAGGGCUAAAUCUGUGCAGGAGAAGCUGGCAGAAGCCAUACUGAAGGAGUCCCACUGCAGCUCUGAGCCCGAACUGAGCGACACCAGUACUGAGGAGGAGGAGGAGGAGGAGGAGGAGGAGGAGGAGGAGGCCACAGAUAAAGGCCACAAACAGAACAACAAUGCUCCAGAGAAACCAGUGACAUUUACAGAGCAGCAACAGACCCUCAGAGAAGAGAUGAAACAGGAGGAAAGUGCUGGUGUUGGUCAAGUUGAAGGGGUUCAGGAUCUCGAAGAGACAUCUGAGCCAAAAGAACAGGAGGAUGAAACAGAAAAACAGCCUCAUGAGAACAGUGAUAAUACUAAAGCUGAGAUGGUCAAAAUAGAUGAAGAUGAUGAAAACCCUGCAUCAGAGGAAGCAGCAGCAGAAAAGGAGAAGUUAGAGGACACAGGUGCAGAUCUACAUCCUGUGUCUGAAGAGAACAUGACAGAAGAAAACAAAACGUCAGAGCCUGAGGAAGACGCAGCAGCUGAGUCCAAUGAUGCAGACGCAGCACAAAAAGAUGAAGAAAAUGAAGAGAAAACUGCCGAAGUAGAGGAGGUGAAGCCCGAUGAGACGGGGCAAGGGGCAAAAAGCAGUGUGGAGGAUGAAUCAUCAGUAUCAGAGCCGAAUAAAACAACUGAUGAGACAGCAGCGUCAGAUAAUGCAGAGGAGAGGAUGACAGCGAGCGAGACAAUGGAGAUGAAAGCAGAGCCCUCAGAGGAGCGAGAGGCCCUCAGCUGUGAAGAGGCACCUGUAACCGACACAGAGGAGAAGCAGCAGGCAGACAGCGAGGACAGAACUGAAGCAUCAGAAACAGAAGUCACAGCAGAGAACUCAAGCAGCUCAUUGGAGGGGAGCGGAGAUACCACAGUGGAAAAAACAGCAGACAUAAGUGAGGACAAUGCAAAAGAUGAGGGCAGUAAAGAUGAUAUUAAAGAGGAGGAAGCAGACGAAGUGUCAGCAGCAGAGGCAAGUAAGGAUGGCAGUCAACAAGAAAGGUUGGGAGAAGAGCAGACAGAAAAAUCUGUGGAAAUAGAUGAUGAGGUAGAGAAGGAGAAAAUUGAGGAGGACAGUAAGGAGGAAGAAAAACAAACAAACUCAGAUGAAACAAUAACUGAUGAAAAUUAUAAAACAGAAGAAGAAGGGAAUGAUGAAAGUAAGACAGAAGAAAGGAUAGAAAAUGAGGAAAUCAUUGUAGAGGAUACUAAAACUAACUCAAACACUGCAGGAGAGACAAAUGAAGAACCAGCGGAGAAAACCCUUGACGGGCAGGAUAAAGUUGCAAAUGAAGAGAGAGCUGAUGAAUCAGAAAAGACAGAAAAAGAUGAGGAGAGCGAAUGUGUGGAGAAUAAAAAUGACGAGGAAGAAUCUGAAGCUAAGGGAGCCAUAACUGAUAAAACUAAUGAAGGAGAAGAAAUAAAAGAGACAAAGACAGAUGCCGAUGAAGAAAAGGGUGACGAAGCAGAAAAUGAAGAGGAAGAUGACAAUGAGAACAAAGCUCCGCAAAGUGAAUCUGAAAAGAAUAAAAAUCUCAAAGAAUCUGAAGAGGAAGAAAUCAUAAUUUGUAAGACCGGAGAGGGAGAGGAAAUAUCUGUGAUGACUGAGGAACCCGAGAGAAAUCCAGAUGAUGUGAAAAUAUCUAAUGAAAAUACUGUUGAGUCAGAGGUCGUUGGCGACAAUGAAGCAGCAGGUGAGAGUAAAGCAAACGAGGAGAUGCUAAACAAUGUGAUGGAGUGUGAAGACGUUGGGGAAGAAACUGAGGAAGCAGGUACCGACAUUGAAAAUGGAGAAGUUGAUGCAGAAAAUGGGGAGAUUUCUACCAGAGCAGAGAGCAAAACUCAUGACGAUACGACAGAGGCUUCAACUGAGGACAAUAAUGAUGUGAAAGCAGCAGAGCAUGUUGAAGACGAAGGAAAAACAGAGGAGGAACCGGCUGAAGAUGAAAGUGCAGAAGUAAAAGAAGUAACUGUGGAGUCUGGAGACGACAAGGUGGAUCAGGGUCCUGACACAGAUGUUGUAGAAAGUGAAGCUACGGAGGGGGAUCAAAGUGUUGAAAAACAAGAUGAAUCUGCUCAAAAAGAUUCAGAGCAAGAAACAGUUGUGACGGAGAUAAAAGAGCGAUCUACAGUAGAUGGCCUGAAUGAAGACAGAGACGACCGUGAGGAAACUAAAGAUGAAAAUGGCAACAAAUCUGACCUGGAUAAUGAAAACAGAGAUUCAGACUCAACCAGAAAUAAUGAUAAUAAUGUCCAUGAGGUGAUAGUUGCUUCUUCUGCCGCACAGGCACAAUCUUCAACACCCGAUUUAGGUGGUACAACUCACUUACUAGAUGAGACCCCUGCAGUGUCUGACAAACACCCACACUCUGAUGAAAAUGCUGCCGCCGCCGCUGCCGUCAACCUCUCUGCUGCUGACGGAGAAAAUGGAGCAGACACGGAGGAGGCGAGCAAGGCCUCGGAGGAAGGAGCGAGUGUGCUGCUCAAACCUCAAGCACAAAACAAUGAGGCUGAUAACGCAGAAGAAUGCGUCGCAACAGGUAAAGAAACUCCAGAGGCCCUCGCAGCAGAAGACAGCACAGAUCUAGUCACAAACUGGGUGACCAUGCAUCAAACUUCAAAGUUUUUCCAGACAUUUGUUGAACCUUUAGAAGACUUGAAGGAAGAGGCUUCACAGACUCAAGUGUCCAUCUCGAGUGAAGAAGCCACAAAAUCAACAGAGCUGCCAAGAUCCGAGAGUCCACUUAAGAUGGUGAAGAUGUCUGAAAAUGCAGAAGAAGAGCAAAUGCAUAAAGAUGAAAAUGAGACAACGGAAAAAAACAAAGUGGGAGCUGUAGAGUCAGACCUCGAGAUCGAACAAACUCAAGAUGGUGAACAUCAUGAGAACGAGCCUGCCAGACAUACACUCCAGGACAAGGAGGAGACUGAGGUGCAGGAGUUAAUACCAAAAACAGAGACUGAAGACAAUGAAGAAGAGUCUACAAACGGGCAAAGAAAAGGAAGCAGGGGAUCUCUAGAGGAAGACAAAGUUCAAGAUGAACCAACUCUGACGCAAAAUGAGAUUUCCAAAACUGAAGUGGAAAGCAUUGCAGGUACUCAUCAUUCAGUUGCCAGUGGCAAACCUGAGAGUGUCAUAGAGAACCAAAGUGGAGAGGAAACUACGGAUAAUGGUCCAGACUUGAAUGAAAAACAAACAGAAACUGAAGAGAUUAAAGGUCUCUUACCAUCAUCCAAAACAGAAGAGCAUUGCGAGCAUUCAGCGAGUCCAGAUGGACUGAAAGACACAGAGGAAACGCAGGGAAAAACAGAAGAACAAAGUCACGAAGUUACAGAAAUAACUGAUUUUACAACAUCCAAGUCUGAAGAUGGAAGCCAAGAGGAGUCUCACAACGGAGAGAUCCAACCCAAACCGACUGAUGGGAGCAUCAACGGAGAGAGAAGAGACGUGCAGCUGAUCCAGGACAUCAAACACACUCUCAGUAAAGACAGACUGAGCACUUUCUCAGUGGAUGAGACAUUGUUUGGUCGCAGUUCAUAUCCUUCGUUGACUGCUGCACGGACAGAGAGUGGACAUUAGAGCUUCACACCUCAGACACUGGCACUAAGGUAACAGCGACACUUUAAAACGAGAUAUAUCUGGAAGCACUUCAAAUAUUAAAGUUGAUUAUUUUUAAAAACUUAAAAAACUUGCAGAGAUACAAGAGAAAGCACUUUAGCAAGCUUUUGUACAAUCAGAUGGCACUGAAUAUUUGUAGUGAUUAGGAAAUUAGGUUUUAUCUGUCGGUUAAUGAAGCAACAAAUUCAAGAUGAUUCUAGUUUUGACAGAAGCCCUCAAGUGUCUCGUGGUCUCGGUGUUUAAAUUACAGUGACUUCGUAAAUAGUCUUCAUCCUUUGACCACCAAAAAGAAGAAGCUGCACACUGAGUUUUGACUGCUACAUAAAAUGUUUACAAUAGACCAUCUCUUCCUAUUGUUGGUAACAAAGAGGCAUAGGUUUUGUGUGGUAUCAAGUACAGCUGCGAUCGCCUAUUACCUGUAAACAGAUACUCCUCCACUCACGCUCACAAAUGACUGAAUAAUUCAUAGAUGUUUGACUCCCACAGUUUAGUUAGCCCCCAGUACACUUUAUAUUUCCACUCACUGCCACAAGCAUGAUUUUACAGACUUCAGCUCUGAUCAGAGAUCAGUCAUCACUCUGUGUUAAUGACAGUCAGUGCUGUAACAUAACUAUUUGUUUAGAUGACAGUAUCUAGACAAAAAUGCAUCACAACAACAGGAAUACUUAGCUAAGUUAACAUGAUUAAUUCAAUCCUCAUCAUUACUCUGAUAAUUAGAUAUUAAAGCUGAUAAUAUUGUGAAAUGUCAAAUCUAGGCACCGAUUUGUGUCAUUAUUGCUGCUAAUACUACCUCUUUUUAAAAAAUUAUACUUAAAGUUUAUUUAUUUGCAUCACCUUAUCACCUGAUUUUUAUGGCUAGUGUGUGUUUGUGAGGCUUCAUCUUUUCAUUUCAUAUCUGUCAGUGACUGAUCGCUUGUGUGAUUCGGUCCUUCAGAAAAUAAAAAUGAGAAAUGAGA